AUGGACCGCUUUUGCUGUUGUUUACUUUCGCUAGGACUGCUACUGAUCGGUCUACAAUUAUCCAGCGGAAACCUACUCAACACCAACCAAGAUCUGGUCAUACAGUUCGGAACGUAUGAUGCGAUGCAUGUGCAAUGCUUCUACCAGAAACUCUACUCCGGCAUGAUUAGUCCACAAAGUGUGACGUUCAACAAUCCGGCUGCUAAAGCAAUCAAGUAUAUCAUUGUGGAAUCGAACCAAAAACUGGACCUUGGUGGCAUAUCGGCCUCGGUCACGUCAGGCACGGUUGGGGACAGCAAGGCAAUCACGGUGCAGGUAAACACAUCACCCCAGUCGAUUAAGUUCCUCAACAACUUUACGGUCAAAAUGUUCUGCGAGAAAUAA